AUGCUAUCAGAUCAAAAUAAUAAUUCUCUUUGGUUCAAAGAAAGAAGACUUCGAAUCACUGCAUCAAAUUUUGGCACAAUAUGCAAAAUGCGACCGUGUACUAGCUGUAAGAAAAAAAUCUAUAGUUUGCUAUACGCACCAAAUCCAAAAACAAAGCAAUUAAAUUAUGGUUAUGUCAUGGAAUCUAAAGGUCGAAAGAAGUUCGAAGAAAUGUACAAUGUAAACGUCCAAACAUGUGGUCUUAUUAUUGAUUCUGAGCUACCAUAUUUGGCAGCAAGUCCAGAUGGUUUAGUUGGAGAAAAUUCAAUAGUUGAAAUUAAGUGUCCUUAUAAUGCUCGUAAUUCAGAAAGUGUAAUCAAUGCUUUCAACAAUAAAUUUCUACCAAAUUGGACUAUAAAAGAUUCUUCAAUCAUAUUAAAACGAAAUAGCAAUUAUUAUUACCAAAUUAUUGGACAACUGCAUAUUACUCAACGCAAAUUAUGCUAUUUAGUAGUAUAUACCGAAAAUUGGACCACUGUGGAAACAAUUCAUUAUGAUCAUUCAUUUUGGAUGCAAAUAUCUGAAAAAAUAAUAUCGUAA